AUGUCGGUCGCAGAGGGCGAAAAGGGCUCGACUGACGUCGAGAAGGUUCAGCCAGCUUCUCCAGUUCACGCUGAGCAUGCGCCAGAGAAGGAGGCUUCGUAUAUCCCACAGAGUGAUGAAGAAUACCAAGUAACGUUCAAGACGUGGAUCGUCGUCUCGAUCCUUGCUUGUUCAUAUGGCAUCUCUUUUUGGAUCGUGCCCGCGCUCAGUGCAUGUCAAGCUGGUGUAGCAACUCAGCUGGGUGAUGCCACCAAGCAGGCAUGGUAUGUGCCCAUCUACACCAUGACUGUGACCUUGGCCUUCAUGAUUUGCGGUGCCAAUUCUGAUCUGUUUGGUCGCCGAUGGUUUAUCAUUGGUGGAAACGUGCUUCUCUUCAUCGGCUUCAUCGUAGGAGGGACGGCCAAAAACAAUACCUCCUUAAUUGUCGCCCAAGCGUUCAUUGGAUUCGGAGCUGGAAACGCCCAGCUGGCAGCAUUUGCGCUGCCAGAGCUAUUGCCCAAUAAGUGGCGACACUCGGCCAUCGUUCUAGCAGAUGUCGGUGUGUAUUUUGCCGUCAUUGUUGGGCCUGUCGCAGGCAGAUUCGCCAUCCAACAUGGCGAUCAGUGGAGAUGGCUUUUCUACGGUCCGGCAAUUGCCGUAGUCUUCUCCUUUGCUGGUCUUUAUCUCUACUACUAUCCUCCAAAGCAUCCCCGCGGCUUGCCAACUGGUCAAGCACUCCGUGAACUCGACUACGUCGGGGUCGUUCUCUUCACGUUGGCCACGACACUUAUUCUUACUGGCAUCGUCUACACCACGAGCCUGGCUUCAUCAGAUCCUACAGUCAUUGGAACUUUGUGUUCAGGCUUUGGCUGCCUACUUGCUUUUGCUCUAUGGGAGACUUUCGCCCCUCUCAAGCAACCGUUGACACCCACUCGAAUCUUCACUCGCGACAAUGGAAGAGAGCUCACCGCCCCUUUUGUUGUUGGUUUUGUCGUAACGAUGUUCUAUUAUUGCUUGAAUGUCGUCUACCCGACCAUGAUCGCUGUCUUCUUCACAGACGAAACCACCGACUUCCGUUAUGCAGCUGUUCUCACGCUUCCUCAGAACCUCGGUCUGACAUUUGGGGCCGUCCUGCUCACCUGCUUUGGAUCGAUGAUCGGUCGCUGGCGAUGGACUCUGACGGGCUCCGUCACCAUCAUGGUCGUCUUCGGUGCCCUCUUGGCACUGGCGACUCCAGACAGAUUCGGCAUGGUCAUUGCCUUCAUCUUCCUAUCCGAGAUUGGUUUCGGCUGGGCGCAGUAUCUCAGCAUUGCGUACAUCCAGUUCGGCACUGACCAGGUCGAGCUGGGCAUCUCUGGCGGCCUUGCGGGCGUAGCUCGCUUUGCCGGCGGAUCCGUCGCCAUUUCGAUUUACCAAACCAUUCUGACCAACGUCCAGACAAAGGAGGCUGCCAGGCUUAUUCCUCCGGUGGUUAUUGCUGCUGGCCUCCCCGAGACUUCUGUCGAAGGCCUCCUUGCCGCUCUCCCCCUCGGGUCGGCUGCCCUCGCCGAGGUGCCGGGCAUCACAAAAGACAUAAUUGCUACCGCGGCUGGGGCUUUCAAGCAGAGCUACGUUGUUGGCCUGCGUACGACGUGUUUGUCAUCACUAUCCUUCGGGGUAAUUGGAAUCAUUGCAUGUUUAUUCUGCCAAGAUAUUGAGCACAAGAUGAACGACAAGAUUGAGAUUUUCUUGGAGAACGAUACAAAUGCAGACAAGAACAAGUACCAUUGA